AUGACGCACUUUGAUAUAACAAUCAUCUCAGACCCUGUCUGUCCCUUUUGCUACCUGGGUAAAAAGCGGUUAGAUAAAGGGAUUGAGCUGUAUCGCAAAGUCUAUCCGGGCGGCAAAGAUGACACCUUCAACAUUUCAUGGUCGGCGUUCUACCUCGACCCAACGGCACCUCAAGUUGGCAUACCUUUGAUGGAACGCAUGGAGCAACGUUUUGGCAGAGAAAAGCUGCCCAUGAUCCGAGAGGCAUUAAGGAAGCAGGGCUUACAAGACGGUAUUAAUUUCAGCACCGAGAGCAAGAUCGGAAAUACGCGCAAUGCUCAUCGGUUGAUCCAGCUUGCGAAGACCAAGGGCAACGAGAUCGAGAAUCGCGUGGCCAUGGAGCUGUUUAAGGCGUACUUUGAAGACGGUGGAGACAUCACAAGUUUUCAAACUCUGACCGACGCGGCGGUGAAAGCAGGCAUGGACAGGGACAGAACUAAAGACUGGCUCGACAGUGGGAAGGGAGGCGAGGCUGUGGAUAAGGAAGUCGAAGAGGCAAAUGCUAAAGGCUUAAGUGGUGUUCCUCAGUUCACAAUUCAGGGCAAAUGGCAGGUCGAUGGUGCGCAAGAUCCGAGGGACUUUUUCGAUGCCAUCGUCGCUGCUCGAGAA